CACUCACUCACUCACACACACACAAUUACACAAACCCAAGCUUAAUUAGCUUGUACAAAUCCCCACUACUACACAACCAACUUCCCUACUACUACUACUAAUUUGCUUGUAUAAAUCCACAUCUCUUUGGCUGGUUUUACUUGCCAGCACAACUCAUCGUCCACUCACUUGCCAAACCACUGCGUGCCUAUAGCUACUCGUGCUCUAUAUUGAUUCAUGGUGAGCAUGGCGGUGGAGAAGGUUCUUGACGGCGCCGCCGCGGCGACGAUGUCGUCGCCGGCGAGCGACGCGGAGGGGUGGUCCAAGCGGAAGCGCUCGAGGCGCCACCGCGCUGCGGCGCCGACGGAGGAGUAUCUCGCGCUCAGCCUCCUCAUGCUGGCGCGCGGUCACCGCGACGACCGACCCGCCGUGCCGGCGGCGCGGCAGGAGGAGGAGGAGAAGCAGCAGCACAGGUGCUCCGUCUGCGGCAGGGCGUUCUCGUCCUACCAGGCGCUCGGCGGGCACAAGACGAGCCACCGCCCCAGGACGCCGACGAAGACGGCCGUCCUCGUACCCGCCGACGACGAGCCUGCUGCGCUGGCGGCGACCAGAACGACGGCCUCGCCGUCGCCGGCCGCGUCCUCGUCCAACUCCGGCUCCGGCGGCGGCAGCAAGGCGCACGAGUGCUCCGUGUGCAAUAAGACGUUCCCGACGGGGCAGGCGCUGGGCGGGCACAAGCGGUGCCACUACGAGGGCCCUAUCGGAAGCAGCGCCGGCCGCGGGUUCGACCUCAACCUGCCGGCGGCGCUGCCGGCCGACGUCAUCACAGACCGGAGACUGCCGUUGCCGGCGGCCGAGGAGGAGGAGGAGGUGCUCAGCCCACUGGCCUUCAAGAAGCCGAGGCUAAUGAUCCCAGCUUAAUUAAUCAAUCCAUCAAUUAGCUGUUGGAUUCAUACAUUGGAUUGGUGAUUAAUUAAUUAAUUACUUGUAUUAAUGUACGUAUGCAAUUGCUGCAGGUGAAAUACUGUAGAUUCAGGUGAUACAUUAAAACUAUCUGUAUGUUUGUACAAUUCAUUUCUUUUGUAUGCAUUUAAUUCGCUGUAGAAUUGGAUGAUUCUUCCAUUGAUUGGGGUUUGGUGUUGAUGUGCAUCAAGAUCAUAUAUGGUAUACGGAUAUAUGGGAGUACUCUUCUCAUUUGAUAAUUUAGAAACGUAUAUAGCAAUAUUUGCUUUGAUGUGUAUGUUUGUCGUCCAGCCAGUGUACUAGCUGGCUACAUGUAGUUUGGCAGUAGUUGAGUUAGUACUUGAGUGAGAGCAGCAAAG